UAAAUUACAUUUUGGAAUGCGAAUACAACAAUAAUACUACUAAUAAUAGUUCCAUGUCAUGUCUUGUGUCCGACCAAGAAAUGAAGUUUUGAUAGGAUACAAAAACAAAGUAAUCACUGUUGUGUUUCCCCCUCCGACGACACAACGAGCACUCGACAGCCGAGAAAAGAAAGGCUUCGAUAAAUGGUGCCAUCACCAAACUCAGCACUCAUUUUACGCAGCCCACAAUGGCCUAAUUCAUUCACUCUGCCGUGCACAUUCACAUCCUCUUAGACGAUGACCAUGUAGGGGGAAAAAAAAAAAAAUUUGCACUGAGGAAACAUAGUUUAAGUAUUGAGCAUGUGACUGUUUAGCAUGGGAUCAGAGCUGACGCUGCCCUGGAACUGUCGUUUCAUGGAUUCUUGGUCUUCUUUGAAGAGUUUAUAGCGAAAAAAAGCCCUGGAGUCAAAAACACACAGACUUUUGUCUAAGAAUAAACCAAACACUGGUAUUUACAUAAACAGAUCUUUGUGAGGAAUUAAGCAAGCAUUUUUCCUCUAUUUUUCAUUCGCAGCGUCACCCCGAGGGCUGAAAAUCUAUAUUAAAAUGACGCAUAAGUGGCUGUAUCUGAAAGGGCCGCGUGUGUCAGUAUCAGUAUCAGACUGAAAAUACUCAACAUUUUACACUAUAUAGUGUCUAAGCUUUUGGUAUUUGUCACAGGACUAAUUCAACUUAAUAUCUAAUGCCUAAAUGAUGAAUAAAUCCAACUUUAUUACAUAAUAUGUGCUCCUAACCACAUAUGUCCACAAGUCACAGUUCCAGCAUUUUUCAAAGGAGACUUCUUGUCUCUGUCGGGCUGUCGUCUCAUUUCGUGCUCACAAAAUAACUUGUGACAGAAUAACUGAUCGCGACUAUCCUUUCAUUUUGUCAUCCAGAAGUGCAUUCCGUUAGCAGAUUAAAAGCUCUUUGUCCUUGUGCUUAGUCUUUGUUUCACCGCCUUAGGGGACGAGGCAGCAGACAGCUGGUGCGAAGAGACGGCUCUCGACUAUCCUUUUACACUUUUAUAUUUGUGUCACAGUUUCUCUUUGACGAAGUGAAACCUGCAGCCUUAGGGCACCGCUCUCUCUCUCUCUCUGUGUGUGUGUGAGUGUGAGUGUGAGGACCUUACAGUGCUAUCUUUUGCACAGGUGGAUCUCUUCUUCCUCCUGGUGUCAAGUGGGCGGGGCCUAGGUGCACGCAGGCCAAAGCGAGCUCCUCUAAUUUCCCUGGCAAAUGUUGUCACCACAACCAGUCAAUUUUCUCUCCUCCUCCUCCUCCUCCUCCUCCCAUUUCUCUUCCACUCCUCGCCUCUGUCCUCCAUCCCUCACUCACUCCCUGUCUGUGUGUCAGAAGUCCCACGUAUCCCAGGAGGAUAAGAUGCCAUGGAGGCCUUAGGAAGAACAGCUCUAUGCGUGUGCUCUGUCCUGUUCAUCCUCACAGAGGUCAGCGCUGAUUUCAUCUACAUACCUUCAUUGGUCCAUCACGGCGUUGAAGGGAAGUCCCUGCUUCUGGCUGUGGAGACUCGCUUUCCACUGGACAAAGCUGACAUCCAGGGAACUUGGUCCCACACCAGGUCGAGCGGCACCAGGACCACAUUGGUGACAUUUACCAAAAGGGACGCGAUCACUAACAUGAUGUACCGCAACAACCUCUUCUUUAAAGUGCCAAAUAUUUCUUUGGCAAUCCAUAAAUUACACCGUGACGAUGAAGGGGAUUAUCAUCUGAGUCUCAACAUAGAGUUUCACAACAACACAGGCCGGGUGAUCAAGGAGGAGAGAAAUGUGCGGGUGACAGUGGACGUCCCUGUGUCCAGUCCAGUCAUUGCAAAGAGCCCAACCUAUGCAGUUGUUGAGGACAAGGCCAAUGUGACCAUGACUUGCUCUGUGGAGAGAGGAACACGCGUUGCAUUCCAGUGGAUGAGGGACAAUGUCCUGCUGGGCACCAGUACCAGAUAUCACUUCUCAAAAGGCAACGCUACAUUGUUAAUUAGCCCCGUGAGGAAAGAAGACAAAGGAAGUUACCGCUGUGUGGCCGGCAACCCGGUCAGCCCGGGCCGACACAGCAGAGGCCUGGAACUCAAUGUUUACUAUGGGCCGUACAAUCUGGAGGUGAACUCAGGCCAGGGCCUGCGGACAGGAGAGGUGUUCACCAUCAACCCCGGAGAGCUGGCCUUCUUUGAAUGCCAGGCAGAUUCCAACCCGCCCAACAGCUAUGUCUGGAUCUCCAAGAGCCACAAUUCAACCCAGGUCAUCACAGAGGGCCCGCGGCUAGAGGUGCUGUCCUACAGACUGGCGCAGCCUGAGGAGUACCUGUGUCGUGCCUUCAACAACGUGACGCAGAAGCAGAACGAGGCCCAGUUCACUCUGGUGGUCGCCGGCUUAGGAACAGGCAAAGAGAAACACACCCAGGGCGGCGACGGUGUGUCUCCACUGGCGGUAAUAAUUGUCUGCUCGUUGUUCAUCAUUGGCUGCAUGCUGCUGUUCUUCCUCAGGAGAAACUGCCAUCCCAAAAGAGUACUUAUGAGCAUUUACAACAGACCGCUGACCGAGCAGAAAAGACCUCAUCGUUCAGGUCACGAGGAUGCAACAGAAGACUUUGGCAUCUACGAGUUUGUCUCCAUACCAGGGAAAAUGGACUCUGCACAGGUAUCAUGCAGAUCUCUGGCCCGCCUUGAGUCCGUUCAGGAUAUGCACACCACCAUUUACGAUGUGAUCCGACAUGUUCCCGAAAGCCCCAGUCACAGUUUGCUGAAGUGAUUUCGCCGCUGUGGAGCGGAAAUGUUGCCGUAUGGUCAUUUCACUUGAAGACUCUUGUGUAGCUUUAUUCCACUUAGUCUCUGUUUUCAAAGACUGAAACACUGUUUUUUUUUGUGGCCCACUUGUUUGCAAAAGGGAGGAAGGAAACAAAGGCGACUACACAACCUGAUCGUGCACUGCUAUUGUCCAGAGUUUGGACAGAUUUUGAAUAACUUGACAAUGUUUGUAUGAAUGGCUUGUUUUUUUAUGUGAGAGGAUAACUGAUGUUCAAAUGGCUAGGCUUUUUCGAUUCAAAAAUAAUCCUACUAAACAGAUUAGCGGUAGCCGUCUUUAUUUUAGUUACACCCUUACAUUUAAAUUAUUAUGUAACAUAAAAGUUGAAUUCUAAAUUAAUUGCGUUUAACAUUUCCUUUCAAAGAGAGUGUUAUGAUGAAUGGAUUUUCUUGUAUUAAAUAAAUUUAGGUUGAAUGUACUGUAUAUAUUGUACAUGGAUGACACCGCAGAUUCUUUAUACGUAUUAUUCUACUGUAUGUUAUUUUUGCUGACAUCUAUUUAUUCCGACAGGAACUCAGUCUCAUCAAAUGUAGCAUUUUGUUCUGCUCAACCGUGACACAGUGAAAUGCUGAAACAGACUUAAAUUCUUAAAUUAUUGUACAGUUUGCAUUCACACGUUUGUUUUGUACUUUAUUAAAGAUACUGGUUUUUAGAUGAAGACAA